CUAACCUCCUAAACUUUUCUAAAUCUUGAGAUAAAAGUGAAAACACAAACUGCGGAAAUAAAAAAACGCGAUAUUGGUAUCAGAGCUUCACUUAGCUGACUGUAUGACCUCGCACGGUAUUACCAGGGUUACGUUCAACCACCUGCACAGCGUCAUUGAAUUAGAAUAGAUUGAGUUAGACUGCAUAUAAAUGUACUUGGAAUACUUAGUAUUACUGAUCGAGCUGCCUGCGGGGUCGAGAAACUUAUGUAUUCUGUAAGCGCGCCUAUGGUUGUGAAUUUGAAAUGAAGUAAAUGAGGGAGACGAACAGUUUUCAUCGCCCACGCUGUUCGAACUUGAAUGUCCCGCGACCACGUGACUCGCGUUUGAAAUCCGCGCCAUAUUAUCAAUUAAGAUGGCGGCGGCUCUUUUCCGUGAGCGGCGUUAAUCCAUAAAAUAGGUUAGAAUAGGAAGAAAAAUGGAUGUUAAUACUUCUUUUAAUACUUCUCCGGGAUUUUGCCCUGAUUGUGGAGCGAUUCUUCCGCUUUUGGGCGAUGUUGGAGGAGUGACGUGUUAUGCGUGUAAAAGGAAAUGGGGACCGGAAGUUUUCGGAGAUAUGGCCAUGUCUUACACUCUUUACUUCAAUGCUAAGGAUGCGUAUGCUUCGUCGAAGAAAGAUGAUGACGACGAGGAAGAUGUAGAUGGUCCAAUUGUAGAACGUAGGUGUCCACAAUGUCAGAACGACCAGAUGUCCUAUGCUACUCUGCAACUGCGAUCCGCCGAUGAAGGCCAGACAGUAUUUUACACGUGUACGAAAUGCAAGUACAAAGAAACGGAGAACUCGUAACCUGCAAUAUAUCUUGUUGAAUGUACAGAUCUUUUAUACACUUUAUUAUUCAUUGAAUAAAACCAAACCAAGUGGAAAUGGAUAAAUAAGGAUUGUAUGCAUGGAUUGCUUUAAGCUUCUAAGUUUGAAAAUAUUUGAGUUGUGGGAAACUACCAUGUAUUAAUAAAACAUAGAACUUUAUUUAUAUUACAUUCAACAAAUAAUGAGUAAAGAGUAUACAAGCAUAUUUGUAAUACUAUGUAAGGAGUUUGUGAUAAUUUUGCUUUUAACAAUAAUUAUCUAGUUUAAUUGUAUUUUGAUCAAGUAAUCUUGUAUUUACAGAAUAUCCAAGUUAAGAGUUAA